AUGGAGGACCCCAGAAACUACAGACUCAUCAGUCUCACUUCAGUGCCUGAUAAAGUUAUGGAGAAGAUUACUGUGAGAGGAAAUGUGUUUGUUGUAAGCCUGGCAGUUGCAGACUUGAUUGUAGCUAUCUACCCAUAUCCACUGGUCCUCACAUCUGUGUUUCACAACGGAUGGAAACUGGGAUACCUACAGUGCCAGAUUAGUGGCUUCUUGAUGGGCCUAAGUGUCAUUGGAUCAAUCUUCAAUAUUACAGGCAUCGCUAUCAAUCGGUACUGCUAUAUCUGCCACAGUCUCAAAUAUGACAAGCUAUACAGCAACAAGAAUUCAUUGUGCUAUGUUGUUCUUAUAUGGGUCCUAACAUUUGUUGCUAUUGUGCCCAACCUGUUUGUGGGAUCGCUACAGUAUGACCCCAGGAUUUACUCAUGUACAUUUGCACAAUCUGUGAGCUCAACCUAUACAAUAGCAGUUGUGUUUUUCCAUUUCCUGCUUCCCAUAGCUGUAGUUACUUUCUGUUACUUGAGAAUAUGGAUCCUCGUUAUUCAGGUAAGGCGAAGGGUUAAACCAGAUAACAACCCUAGGCUGAAACCACAUGACUUCAGAAACUUUGUAACCAUGUUUGUGGUAUUUGUACUGUUUGCAGUCUGCUGGGCUCCUUUGAACUUUAUAGGCCUUGCUGUGGCUGUCAACCCAAAAACUGUAAUCCCUAGGAUUCCAGAGUGGUUGUUUGUAUCUAGUUAUUAUAUGGCAUAUUUCAACAGCUGCCUUAAUGCUAUAGUAUAUGGACUCCUGAACCAGAACUUCAGAAGAGAAUACAAGAGAAUUAUUGUCACUUUUUGUACAGCAAAUGUUUUCUUCCAGGAUAGUUCUAAUGAUGCAGGAGACAGAAUGAGAAGUAAACCUUCUCCACUGAUUACAAACAACAAUCAAGUGAAGGUGGACUCUGUCUGAAA